GUCCCCGCCCCUCUGGCGGCGGGAGAGCUGCUGGCUCGCCCGGAUCCCGGGAGCUGCCUGGAGGCGGGCCCGGCCCGGGGAAGGUGAGAGGCGGCGGGACCCAGCCCAGCUCGGGGAGUGGGCACCAUGGUGCUGUCGGUGCCUGUGAUCGCGCUGGGCGCCACGCUGGGCACGGCCACCAGCAUCCUCGCGCUGUGCGGGGUCACCUGCUUGUGUCGGCACAUGCACCCCAAGAAGGGGCUGCUGCCGCGGGACCAGGACCCCGACCCGGAGAAGGCGAAGCCGAGCUUGCUCCGGUCUGCACAACAGUUCAACGUUAAAAAAUCCACGGAACCUGUUCAGCCCCGUGCCCUCCUCAAGUUCCCAGACAUCUAUGGACCCAGGCCAGCUGUGACGGCUCCAGAGGUCAUCAACUAUGCAGACUACUCACUGAGGUCCACGGAGGAGCCCACUGCACCUGCCAGCCCCCAACCCCCGAAUGACAGUCGCCUCAAGAGGCAGGUCACAGAGGAGCUGUUCAUCCUCCCUCAGAAUGGUGUGGUGGAGGAUGUCUGUGUCAUGGAGACCUGGAACCCAGAGAAGGCUGCCAGUUGGAACCAGGCCCCCAAACUCCACUACUGCCUGGACUAUGACCGUCAGAAGGCUGAAUUGUUUGUGACUCGCCUGGAAGCUGUGACCAGUAACCACGAUGGAGGCUGUGACUGCUAUGUCCAAGGGAGUGUGGCCAAUAGGACUGGCUCUGUGGAGGCGCAGACAGCCCUAAAGAAGCGGCAGCUGCACACCACCUGGGAGGAGGGCCUGGUGCUCCCCCUGGCGGAGGAGGAGCUCCCCACAGCCACCCUGACGCUGACCUUGAGGACCUGCGACCGCUUCUCCCGCCACAGUGUAGCCGGGGAGCUCUGCCUGGGCCUGGAUGGGACAUCUGUGCCUCUAGGGGCUGCCCAGUGGGGUGAGCUGAAGACUUCAGCGAAGGAGCCAUCUGCAGGAGCUGGAGAGGUCCUUCUAUCCAUCAGCUACCUCCCAGCUGCCAACCGCCUCCUGGUGGUGCUGAUUAAAGCCAAGAACCUCCACUCUAACCAGUCCAAGGAGCUCCUGGGGAAGGAUGUUUCUGUCAAGGUGACCUUGAAGCAUCAGGCUCGGAAGCUGAAGAAGAAGCAGACUAAACGAGCCAAGCACAAGAUCAACCCCGUGUGGAACGAGAUGAUCAUGUUUGAGCUGCCCGAUGACCUGCUGCAGGCCUCCAGUGUAGAGCUGGAAGUGCUGGGCCAGGACGAGUCAGGGCAGAGCUGUGUGCUUGGCCACUGCAGCCUGGGCCUGCACACUUCGGGCUCUGAGCGCAGCCACUGGGAGGAGAUGCUCAAAAACCCUCGCCGGCAGAUUGCCAUGUGGCACCAGCUGCACCUGUAACCAGCUGCCUGGCCGCCUCCCUUCUUGGACAGCCCUGACCCAUCUUCUGCAACCUCUUCUCUGUGCCCCUUCCUCAUUCUGACACCCAGAAGACAGUGACAGAUGUGUUUGCAAGGCUAGGAUGGCUCUCUCAUCAUACUCCUGUUUCUAAGAAAUAAGCAAGACAGAGCAGGACAGUGUGUGGAAAUGGAAUAUGCGGGUCAUACUGAGGAAUGCAUUUUGCCCAUCUGUGUUAUUGAAAGAGAUGCUUAUCAAAUACAGUUCCUAUGCCUGUUUUAUAGGUGGGGUUAGGCCAGAUGCAGGGAAAGCUAAAUGUGGGAAUCAUGGAUGCAAAGAAGAAUUUGGCUUUUUGAAAAACAAGCAUUUCAAAAAUGAUGAAGGAAGUGAAAGUAUCCUGGAUCAACUCCUAGAGUUAGAGGUUGCCCAGAUGGAAAGAAACCUUAGCCAGCGUUCAAUCAAGCUCACCACGCAGGGCAGUCACCAGGCAGUUCUCAAACUUUAGCAUGUGAAGAGUCACCAGCAGAUUCCUAGGCUCACCUGGAGACAUUCUUAGUGGGUAUUCCUGGUCGAAGCCCAGGAGCCUUCAUUUUUAACAAGUUGAUGUAGAGGGUGGAGCACUGUACUUGGAGAAAUUCCUUCUACAACAUUCCACACAGGUUUUCGGCCACAGUCCUUGAUGGAGUCCCAAAACCAUGGUGCAGCCAGUUCCAAUGCUGGACACCUCAACCAUCAGUGUGAAAUAUGGGGCCUCGGCUUUUUUAUUUAAUUAUUUUAAUUCUUAAUACUUUAAUUUGUGCAUUUCAUAAGGACCCUGCUCUUGGACUGAAUUUUGCGCUUUUUAUUGAAGAAUUUUAUUGUUUUUAUCUUAAAAUCAGUUUCUGUUAUCCUUGGGGAGACCAUCCCUAACAAAGUACAGGUGGGAUCUCCUGUGAGUCAUUGGCUGGGUUCUGAUUGCUAGAUGUCACACCCACCAGCAUCACCAAAGUGACUCUCUGAGAUAGACCGGUCCCUUCUCAGUGUUCCAGUCACUUCAGGAGGAAUUUAGUUAUUGACUUAGUCUAUGACAUCUGGCUACAUGUAGGCAGAGAAGAAAGACAGUUUUAAAAAGGAAAUCAGGUCUUUUGCAACUGUGCCUCCCUCUGUUUUCACUUGAAUGGGUAAAUGUGUUUUCACUUGAAUGGGUAAACAACUAGCAGCUAGGUUUUGAAUUCCUACCUUGUUAUUCUAAACAGAUGUCCACGUUGUUAAUUAAAUCUAAAUUAUGAG